AUGGAUGUCCUAGUGGGAUCGUAUCAGACAGAGACUCCAGAAUCACUAACUGAUGGUCAGACAGAGAUCUUGAAUAGAAUCAUUGAAGGUUACUUGCGGGCAUUUACCAGUCUUGAACAAAUGGAUUAG